GGAGAAGAGAGAGAAGACCGCGUUGCUGCCUCACCGCCGCUCACCGCGCCGUGUUGCGUCGCUGUACAGCCGUGUCGAAGAAGGAGAGGCAUCGCUGUUUUGAACCCGCAUCGCCGUCACUAUCGACUGUGUCAGCUGAGGGAGAGUGAGAGAGGAACGAGAGAGCCCACGAUGGAGAAAGUGGAGAUGCCGCAACUGUACCAGACGCCGUCAAGCCCGCCGAGCAGAAGCCAUUCACCACUGCCAGACCUCCGUCGCCAGCGAUUCGCUGCCGCUGAAGCUCAUCACUGCUACUGUGACACCGCCGCGGAGAGAGGGAGUGAUGUGAUUAAAGAGAGGAGGAGGAAGGAGACCCAUGCGCCGUCGGAGACAGUGUCACCCAGUCGCCACCGUUCAUGCCUUGCCGUUGCCAGGGUUGCCACCGCCGCGUCUCACCGCCAAAGAGAAGCCUUGCCUACGCUGUUGCCGAACAGGGCCAGAUUUACCGAUUAAUGCUACCGCCGCCAUUGGCUUGCCAUUUCUGCUCGGCUGUGCCCUUAUUCGCCAUUCUGAUUGUUGAAAGGAAAUGUUGUCGAAGCUAUAACUUCUCCGU